GGCAAAAGAGUAAGUAACCUUCGCCUCACUUGGAUAAAAUGCGAAGAGACCCAUCCUCUUUUUUGAUGCUUUUUAAUUAGACAUGUUGAGGAACAUAUCAAAUCCAUGACAGACAAGGAGGAUAUAGAAUUGAGUGAGGACGAUAUCGUUUAUUACAUGUUUGUACUUCAUGAUACAAAUGGAGACGGUUAUCUGGAUGGAAAUGAAUUACGUGAAGCCUUUAUAGAUUAUGGAAAGGACCAUCAACAUGAUGAAGGUGAAAGGAAACAGAAGAACAUAGACAAAGACGUAGCGUUCACGUUAGAGGAUGUAACUGCUAUGGUUGAUCACAUCUUGGAAGAAGACGAUAAAAAUGGAGAUGGUUUGAUUUCGUGGAGUGAAUAUCUGGAAAGUAGACUCUACCAUACAGAGGCUUAAAACGACGGAGCUUGAUAUGGGUUAUGAAUCCUUUUGAUUUCAAUAGUGCUUUGUAUUUUGAGAAACGGAGAAGGAGAAGCCUUUUCGCUUACGUGAUGGAAAUAAACACCAUCGGAUAACUAGACAGAAUUCACAAUGACCAAGAUUCAGACGGGAAUCGUACAAC